AUGAUCUGCUUUGUUGUAGGGAGUUUCUUAUGGUUCCCCCACGUGAGAGGUGAGGAAGGCUGCCUUAACACUGAACUCUGUACAGGUACAGAAUGGGACCAUCUGUGGUAUAUCUGGCUGGUGCUGGUGAUUGGAGGGCUCCUGCUCCUGUGUGGCCUGGUCUCUGUCUGCCUGAGGUGCUGCUUCCAGUGCCAUCAGACAGGGGACGAGGCGGGCCCCCCGCCCUACGAGGUCACCGUCAUUGCGUUUGACCAUGACAGCACCCUCCAGAGCACCAUCACUUCUCUCCACUCGGUGUUUGGCCCUGCUGCCAGGAGGAUAUUAGCUGUGGCACACUCCCACAAUGCUGCCCAGGGAACACCUCCCCUCUCUGCAUCAGACACCCCUCCAGUGUACGAGGAAGCUCUGCACAUGAGCAGGUUCACCGUGGCCAAGGCGGGGCAGAAGGUGCCAGAGCUGGAUCCAGUGCCGGAGGAAAAGCUGCAGGUGCCUGCUGAGGGCACGGACACCCAGCCAGCCCUCCCAGGACACUGAUGGAUGUCUGGUUUUACCCGAGAGCAAAAAAUACAGCAUAGUUGCAUGCAGAGACUAAUUCAGGUGGGCAGAGUUUUAAGAAUUUCAGAUUAACUUCCUUAGUCAAUUGAGAAAGGGGAGUGGGGGGGUGUGGGGGGGAAGCAACUAAAAUUCCAAAUAUUUUCAGAUCUAGUGUAGUCUAAUGGUUCUUUUUGACAGCUCCUUCAGAUAAUUUGCAUGUUCCAAGCCCAUUCAUUACAUGCACACAAGACUAGAAUCACACUUUGCAUAAAUACACAGGCAGCAGGAUCAAGGUGCUGAGCCAUUUUGUAGGCUAGUGAUUGGCAGGGUGGCUGCAGAUGCAGUCUCAUUCCUCUUGCCUUUAGUCUAAGUUUCCUCAGGAUGGCAGAGAGGUCUUCAAAACAGAAAAAAAAAAAGAUAUUUGCAUACAUCUAUUAUGGCCCAAUAUUAACACCAAACUUCCGAAAAAUGCCAAUCAUUUAUAGUGAAUUAAAAAAAAUAAAUAUGGGAACAAUCUGCAUGUAAAUGAGAGACAGCAUACAUACAGACAGUAUGUACACAGUGUGCCCUUAAUGCCCUGCAGGAUACAUAGAAUAAACAGAGUCUGGUUCUGAAUGGGAUAUAUAGCAAUUCUGAAAUGGUAGUCACAAGCUCUUCUAUUUCAAUUAAAAAGUAUUAUAUAUGUACCAACAGAUCAAACAAGGGGAGCAGAAAGAAUACUACCUCUGAAAUAAAGCUCAAUCAUAUUUUCAAUGCAUUCAUAUAGAAUCACUUAUUAAUUCCCAAUGUUGCUGGCAAAACCAAAUCAGUUGAAGUAAGGCCAUUUAAAACAUGCAAGCCAUUUCUCAGAUUGAAUUUUUGAGACUCUCCUGGUCAAUACAAAUAUGCUGAACCAUCCAGAAAUAUUAAUGAAACUGGAUGAACAUAGGUAUGGCCCAUCUGUAAAACCUUGGACUAGGCUGUCAGGAUAAGGUGAGUGUGGAACUACAUCAGUGUUGUCUCUACCUGGAUGCAGCACCUGAAAACAUUAAAGCAGCACAACAUUAAAUAUCACAUGAUGAUUCAUUCAGCCAUGAAUAAAUUGCAUGUAUAUGUUCAUGCUGAUAUGAAGGCACAGGUUACAUCUUUCUGAAAUUGCUGAAGUACCCAAAUUCCCACUUUAGUUAAUAUGCUGGUCUCCUUUCCUGUGAAAUACAGAAAAUACAGUUAUUUUGUAGAUAAGAAGAACAAGGACAAGGUCCAACAUAGACUAGGAUCCGAACAUGUUUAGGAAUCUAACUGCUGUUGAGAUUACAACCAUAUAAAAUUUUAGAGAAGGUUGAUAAAAUAGCUUCAGGGAUAGAAUAAAACUAAAUUGAACAACCAAAACAUCUUUGAUGAUGCCCCAGACCUUGACCAGUCAAAGGAAUUUAAUGAGGGUCUUGAUUUUGAGGUCACAAACUUCUUCCUAAAUUGUCUAGUCAUUAUUAACUGUAUCAUUAGCAAGUGAUAAACUGGAAUGGAAUAAAUAAAGAAGUUACAUAUACGUUUAUAUCCCU